GGGCCUUCUGAUCGUCAUUCCGAGUCCUUUAAAGGAUCGCUCCGGAAGGGGAGCUUUUGGGAGCGGGCCUGGUCCGGAACCUCCCAUUGGCCCCCGCGAUGGCCACGGGGCGGGGCGCGCGCCGGCGUGCUGACGUUGUGCGCGUGCGCUCCCUCGCCACGUCCCUUCCUCCUCUGCUGCCGUCGCUCACGCGUUGGAUUCAGCGCCGGAGGAAGAAGCCGCUGUCAGCGCGACGCGGACCACGGUCCCGGGCCCCCCGUGCCCAGCCCGAGGUCCGAAUGGCCGCCAAUGUGGGUGACCAGCGCGGCGCCGAGUGGGCAGCCCAAUACGGUCUGGGGAGCGGGCCGGCCAGGGAGGGCGGCAUGGACGCGCCCAUGCACGAGAAUCCCGAGUGGGAGAAGGCCCGCCAGGCCCUGGCCAGCAUCAGCAAGGCCAGCGCUACGGUCAGCUCGGCCAAGAACAGCAGCAACGGCCAGGUGGCCACUGCCCAGUAUGUGGCUCAGGCCGAUGCAGCCGCGCUCCAGCAGCAGCAGUAUUACCAGUGGUACCAGCAAUACAACUACGCCUACCCCUACAAUUACUAUUACCCUAUGAACAUGUACCAAAGCUAUGGCUCCCCAGGCCAGUACAGCCUGACCACCACCUAUGCGACAGCAGCACCGCAGCAGGCAGCGACCCCUGGGCAGCACCAGGGAGCUCUCACCCAGCCUCCAGUUCCUGGCAUGGAAGAGACGAUGUCCUACCCCACCCCUCCUCAGCAGUUACCAGCAGCCCAGCCCCCUCAGCCACCCCCACCUCCCCAACACACAGGCCACACGAUGGGCAGUGGGGCUCAGCCCGGGGCCUCCCCGGCGCAGCAUGGGCAAGCUAGCCCGGUCACCAGUCAGGCCUAUGGGCAGCACAGUUACUCAGAACCUCCCAAGCCCAAGAAAGGACAACAGCUGUGGAACCGUAUGAAACAAGCCCCAGGGGCAGGAAGCGUCAAGUUCAACAUCCAGAAACGGCCCUUUGUGGUCACCAGCCAGAACUUUAGCUCUAGCUCUGAGGGACAGCACAGCAACUUUGGGACCCAGGCCAAUCCGGAGAAGCCGCAGAGCCACAGCUUGCCUCAAAAUCGGAACUUAUCAGGGAAGCCCGAAGACUGGCCCCAAGACAUGAAAGAAUAUGUCCAGCGAUGCUUCACCGCCUGCGAGUCUGAAGAGGACAAGGACCGGACAGAGAAACUUCUCAAAGAGGUCCUGCAGGCCCGGCUCCAGGACGGCUCGGCCUACACCAUUGACUGGAGCCGAGAGCCACUGCCAGGGCUAAGCAGGGACUCUGUGACAGACAGCCCCAAGAAGAAGCGGUGGGAAGCCUCAGCCAUCCUUCACCCUGCCCGAGGAGCUGGGGGGAACACCCGGGGUGGUGGGACUCAGCCCCAGCGGGGGGCAGGGGGCACUGGCAGUGCUGGCCGGGGUCGUGGCAGCAGCUUUGCCACCAAAUUUGGAAAUCGGAAUGUGUUCAUGAAGGAUAACAGCUCUUCCUCAAGCACGGACUCCCGCUCCCGCUCCUCCUCCCGCUCACCGUCCCGUCAUUUCCGCCGCAGUGACUCACACUCAGACUCUGACAGCUCCUACUCAGGGAGUGAGUGUCAUCCGGGAGGCCGAAGAAAUCCAGCACCCAAAGGCCGGGGCGGCCGGGGUGCUCACAUGGACCGGGGCCGAGGGCGUGUGCAGCGUGGGAAGAGGCAUGACCUCGUCCCUGCCAAGCGCAGUCGCAAGAAGCCAGCGGCAGCCAUGGAGUGUGAGGACCCUGAGCGGGAGCUGAAGAAGCAGAAACGGGCCGCUCGAUUCCAGCAUGGGCAUUCUCGGCGCCUACGCCUGGAGCCUUUGGUGCUACAGAUGGGCGGCCUGGAUGGUGGGAGCACUGACCCCGACUGGAAUGAGCUCAAGAUUGUGGGAACCUGCCCGGACAUCACCAAACACUACCUCCGGCUUACCUGUGCGCCGGACCCCUCCACUGUGAGGCCUGUGGCUGUAUUGAAGAAGUCACUGUCCAUGGUGAAGUCUCACUGGAAGGAAAAGCAGGAUUAUGCCUUUGCCUGUGAACAGAUGAAGUCCAUUCGGCAGGACCUGACAGUACAAGGCGUCCGAACAGAGUUCACGGUGGAGGUAUAUGAAACGCACGCACGCAUCGCCCUGGAAAAGGGUGACCAUGAAGAGUUUAACCAGUGCCAGACGCAGCUGAAGUCACUAUAUGCAGAGAACCUGCCAGGCAACGUAGGGGAGUUCACUGCCUAUCGCAUCCUCUACUACAUCUUCACUAAGAACUCGGGGGACAUCACCACAGAACUGGCUUACUUGACUCGAGAGCUGAAGGCAGACCCCUGUGUCGCCCAUGCUCUGGCACUCCGGGCAGCCUGGGCUCUGGGCAACUACCACCGUUUCUUCCAGCUCUACCGGAAUGCACCCUGCAUGUCUGGCUACCUUGUGGACAAAUUUGCUGAUAGGGAACGGAAGGCUGCUCUCAAGGCCAUGAUCAAAACCUUCCGCCCGGCGCUGCCCGUCUCCUUCGUGCAGGGGGAGCUGGCCUUCGAGGGCGAGGCCGCCUGCCGAGCCUUUCUGGCCCCCUUGGGCCUGGGCUACGUGGGGCCCGACAACACCAGCAUCGACUGCCGGCUCAGCGUGGCGCAGCUGCCCACCUUCUGAGCGCCUGCAGGGGGUGGGGCGGGGCCAGGGCCUGGCAGCCUGCCAGAGCCAGCUGGGGAGAUUAGGAAGGACGAGAAGGGGCUGGUGGAGGUCUCUCCGCCCCCCGCCCCUCCCCCCAAUCAGCGUUUACUGGUUUAAACUGGUUUCUUUGAGCCACAGACUGGGAUGUACGUUUGGGAGAGGCCUGGCUGGAGCCUUUGCCUCCUCUCUCCUUGCCUUUGAAACCCCAGGGAUUUUGUACAGAGAAUUUUUCUACAUUUUUAUUUUCUUGAGUGGGCCUCGGGUGGGGAGUGGGGAGGGUUUGGAGAGUGGGUGGUGGGCCGUGGGUUUGUAGGUCUGUCUGCCCUCUCACCCCCCCACUAACACUCUCUCAGUGUUUUCUCUCUUUCUCUCCUGAGCUCGUCCCAGGCGCCCGGCCGGUGCCCCAUGCCCCUCCACGCAGGAGGGGGCUGGGGGAAGAAGGAAGAGGGGGUGCCUUCAGCCAGCCCGGGGGGGACGACGACCCUCCCCCCAUCCUGCACUCUGCUGUCACCCCCCACCUUGAAGAGACUCUUGCUGCCCUUUCCCCCGAAGGGGGGUGGGCUUCAUCUUGUCUGGGGCUGGGGGGAGUUGCUUCAGACUGUACACCUGCCCCCCCACCCCCACCCUGAAACGCUGCUGCAGCCAAGAGGACGUCACCACGAAUGCCAAGUCACCGCCGUGGGAGCCGCCGGGACCACAAGUCUGAUGCAUCUCAAGUUGUAUUAAGUUGUCUCCAUGUCUUACUCCGUCCCCCCCCUUUCCUUCCUUCCCAGUGUCUGUUUUGGUUUCUUUCCCCAUCCCCCUUUCUCUUUUCCCCCUCCCCCUUCUGGUUCUGCACAGGUAAAAAGGUCAUCCCUCCUUUCCCCUUCUUGCCUCCAUGGGUCACCAGGUCGCAUCAUUUCUUCCUUUGAUAUUUUA